AUGGCUCUAAAGAAACUGCUGUGGACCCAGCCAGACACGCCGUACUGCAAACCUCCACCAAUACACAUGUGUGUUCUUAAACUGGAAGAUCAACCAAGGGUGGUAGCCUGGGACUUCCAGGAUAACAAAGCACGGGCAGCCACGAUAAAAAACAAUAAAGUGGCUGUCAUCUCCAACGGCCAGUCAGUCACCAAAGUAACACUUUUCGAAGAAUUCGGCACACGAUUUCAAGAGGGAAGGAGCUAUAUCCUCAGAGGCCGCAGUCUGAGGGGACAGUCUCCCCCUUUCUUCCUGAGCAUUGGUCGAUGCUGCCAGAUUUUUCGGACCUCAGACCUUGCAGCGUCUGAGCAGCUCCGCACUGAGUCCGUGGAGGCACUGCUGCACCCCAGUUCACCCCCUACCCAUCUGCGUGACUGCAGAGAUGCCAAGGGCCUCAUGACCAUCGAGGGACAGGUGGUUGAAAUAUCUGCAUUGAGCCAAGUCCGUCCAGGGAGAGACCUGGUCCCACUUCGGAGGAUCACCCUUGAGCAGGACACAGUCAGGAUUAACUUGAGCCUGUGGAGGGAGGCAGCGGUUACUGACCUCAACAUUGGGGACCAUGUCAAAUUUUCGCAUGUAAAAGCCUCCACCAGUGACUGCAGACUACAGCUCCAGACAACGAAUUGUACUGAGACUGAGAAGGCAAAAGACACAAGUGUCACUGCGCACAUCAUUGGUGUGAUGGAGGUGGACUCGAACAAGGAGGAACUUGAAGUACUCCUUGAAACUGGAGAGGUACUGAAAAUCAAUGAAGCUUCAUGGCAGCCAUUUGAUGGGGAUCUAAAGAAAGGAAAGGUGGAGAUCCAAGUUAAUGGCAAGCACAUCAGCCAUAUUCAGCGUUCAAACAGAGAGAUCUAA